UCCGAUCUCUGAGUUCAUACUGCACACAUUCACCCCCUAGGACAAAAGUCAACUCGGGUGUUUGUAAACAGUCUGCGACACAACAGCAGCUCUCUCUCUCUCUCACACACACACACACACACACACACUGAAAACACAACAUGGUGCAGAUGGAGGACACGGAGGACACCACGGUCUCCUUCUCUCAGGGGACUCGCAUGCUCUUCUAUCUCAUGUCCCCCAACGAGACAUCGUUUGCGGAAGUAGACCAGGUUCCACUGUAUGUUCAGCAGGCCACUCCAUUCUUUGUUGGAAUGAUCUUGUUGGAAGCAUUGCUGGGUUGGCUGAGGACUGGGGAUCUUCUCAUCAAAAUUAAUGAUGGGACCACAUCUCUGUCAGCAGGCAUGAUAUCCCAGAUGCCCCAGCUCUUUGUGAGAAGUUUGGAGAUUUCCAGUUACGUAUAUGUUUGGAACAACUUCCACAUAUUGGAGUUACCCUGGGACUCAGCUUGGACAUGGUGGCUGGCGUUCCUAGGUGUGGAUUUUGGAUUCUACUGGGUUCAUCGAUGUAGCCAUGAGAUUAAUAUCCUGUGGGCUGCUCAUCAAGCGCAUCACAGCUCUGAGUACUACAACCUGACCACAGCGCUCCGGCAGUCUGUAACACAGCAGUUUACUUCAUGGGUGUUCUACCUUCCCAUGGCAUUAAUAGUUCCACCAUCAAUCUUUGCUGUACACAUCCAGUUUAACUUACUCUACCAGUUUUGGAUCCACACUGAGGUCGUCAAGGAUCUCGGUCCUCUGGAGUGGAUCCUAAACACGCCGAGUCAUCACAGAGUUCAUCAUGGGAGAAACCGUUAUUGUAUUGAUAAGAAUUAUGGAGGAACUCUCAUUAUUUGGGACCGGAUGUUUGGAACCUUUGUUCCAGAAGAAGAUAAAGUCAUCUAUGGACUCACACACCCCAUCAACACUUUUGACAUUCUGUCUGUUGAGUUUGAAUACUACGUAUACCUGUGGCGGCAGUUCCUCAGUGCUGAUGGUAUUACACACAAGCUGUCUGUCAUCUUUAAAGGACCAGGCUGGAUGCCGGGCACACCGAGGCUAGGAGAUCCCGACGAUCUACCCGAGGUCACAGGAAAGGAGGUCCCACAUAACCCCGAAUGGUCGACUCUACUUCAGACUUAUGUGCAUGUGCAUUUCAUUCUUGUGCUGGUCGUUUAUAACAACUUAUUUGAAACAGAACAUAUGCUGUCUCAAGCAACUGUGCUGCUUAUCACUGGAUACAUGUUACUCACACUUACCACCCUUGGGUAUAUCAUGGACCAAAGUCCUAAUGCUGCUGUAUGGGAGAUGUCCCGCUGCCUGUUAAUGUUGGCACUCCACAGGUUUGGUUAUAUCAGCUCGUCGGUGCCUCUACUGGCGCUUGCAACAGAGGUUUUUGCUGUUCUUUCGGCUAUCUACUGGGCUCUGCAGUGUUUCAGCAAGCUGGUUGUCAAGGAGAAGCAUUACUGAAUAAACUGUAAGCAAAAUGAAUCCUGAUUUAACUACAGUCUUUAAUUAGAAGAUCAACUACCUAAGAAAUUAACUGAUGAAUGCGCAUUGUAAAAUAGGAUUUUGCUGUAUAUGGAAGUAUUUCAUGUGCAAUGAGCUCCAGGAAAUUAUGUACUACUACUAAUAUUAUUAUUACUACUACUAUUAUUAUUCUUACCCUUAAUAUUUUCUUCUUCUUCCUCUUCUUCUUCUUCUUCUUCUCCUUAUUAUUAUUAUUAUUAUUGUGGUAACGCUUUAUAAUAACUGCACACUAUUAAGCAUUAGUUAAACAUGAGUAAAUACUUAAUUAAUCAUUUACAAAGCAUCGCUUCUAUAUAGGCAUUAGCAACCCGUUUAUAAAUGUCAUUAUAAAUGCUUUAUUCUUGAUCAAAAAGCAUACCUAUAAUGUACUUGCUAAUUGCAUUUACAUCCUUUAUUAAUGAUCAGUUUAUAUUUUUAAAAUAAGCAUAUUAAUAAAUUAGUAAAUUGCAUAUAAAACAGUUAUUUAGGGGGUGUCAGUGAAGAAAGUGUAAGUAAAUGAUUAACGCUAUUAUUAAUAUUAAAGCAUUUUUCAUUUUGAGUGCAACAUCAGCAGUAGACCUUUCAUAUGAAAAUAUAUAUAAAAUACACUAGAAAUAAGUAUAAGUGAAUGUACAGUUUCUUACAUGUGCAAUGAGGUCCAGGAAAUUAUGUACUACUACUGUUAUUAUUACUACUACUACUACUAUUCUUCUUAUUCCUAAUAUUCGUCUUCUACUUCUAGUAUAUCUAUAUCUAUCUUUCUAUAUAGUAUAUUUUUCAUAGCCAUAUGUUUUGGAUGAAGAGGAAACCCAGGUCUCCUCAACCAACAACUUCUCUAAUGCCCUUGUGUGCAAUGUAACGUAAUGUAAUUUCAACUACAUUUGUUUACCUUUGAAAAUAAAUUGUUUAACCUA